AAAUCUAAAGAAAUUUGUCGAUUACGAAUUGCUAUUUUCUCCAUGCAAGCAAUGCUGAUCCUGCUAUAAUUUUAGGACAUUAACCCCACAGCCAGAGCAUGGACUAGGUCUAGCCCUAGGUCCAUGGCCAGUAAGGUUUUUUUUUUUUAUUUUUUAUUUUUUUAUAGUUAGGCCUAGUAGUAGUAGUAGUAGUAGCAGGCCUAGGGUGUCUAGGCCUGCUCUCGUGCCAUGGGUUCUCCUAGGGCUAGUACAGGCACUAGGAAGAGUGGGAGCACACCUAGACCUAGGCUUAGCCUUAUUUCUAACUAAGUUAGGGCUUAGCCUUGGGCCAGACCUAGGCUAGUCAAGGAAUAUCAUACCUCACAAGUUUUUGUAGAAAUCAUUUAUGGGCCAACUGAGUUUGUGACUUUUUUGCCAGAUUUUCAAAAAUACUGUACUUCAAAAAUGAUAGGAACACUGAAUAUGAUGAAAGUGUCAUAAAGGAGAGACAUCCAUCCAUAUCCGCAAGUCACAUUUGAAUUUUAUAAUAUACCUCUGGAAAGUGGGUCAUAUAUAUUAAAUUUUACAGGCCCAAAGUAUAUUUAUUAGAGGAUAUACUAAAUCUGCACCUCUUUAAAUUUUAUUUCAUUCUUUCAGAAAGUGUUCUUAUAUAGUUUUACCAAUUAUGUCAUUAAAUAUGUUUAAACUUCCUGGUGUGGAUACAAGACUUAUCAAGGGUAAUGACACUGUCUAUAAGCUGAGGGUCAUAAUGGCAUCUGAGAUACCCUGUGACAUGGCAACAUUUCAAAGAGAGAUCGAAAGUUUUGUACGAGCAAUUAUCGUCAUGCAGAACAUGCAGCCAAUUAAAAGUGAUCAUUUAUUGGCUAUUCCGAAAAAGAAAGUAUGGAAGUCGUGCAACCUCAUGAGGUUUUCUGAGAGAAAGAAGCAGUUGAAUUUUCAUCCUUUUAUUUAUGAAAUAAGACUGAGAAAAUUGCCAAAUGUUUCUUUACCAUCAAAUGAAAAGAAAGCUGAGGAGACAUACAUUAAAAGAUUGCAUCAAUAUCAGCCAAUAGAUGGCACUGUUGCAGAAACUGCUCUUCAACCUGCUGAGCCAAAAGAAGGUGCAUCAUAUAGCAGAGACUGUAUUGACAGACAUGAGAUAGAAGAUCAAAUCUUGAAGGAAGACCGACGCCUACAGAUGUUAAGUACGCCAAGAAACAAGAAGAGCAUUCUAGUUGAAGAAAGGCGCCAUGGAGGUUUUGUACACAGCCUUCUAAGGGCUGCCAUGACUCCAGUGAGACUCCUGUUUGGUAACAAGAAAUAAUCAACAUUCAGUUGUAUAGGGACAAAUCUUAUGACCUGAUGUGUCAGUUAUACAAUAUUGAUAUCUUUAAUCUGUAUUUUAAUAAGUUACUUUAUUAAAUUAUAUUUGUAUCAGCGGCGUAGCUAGGUGCGAAAAGACUCUAGUGCAAGUUUAAUUGUCGGGCCAUUUGAUGUUAUUAGAAAUUCAAAAUAGUAGGGCCAGUGAGGAAUUUUCACAGGUGGAAGUUGAAGAUCACGUUGGGGCUGAAGUGAAAACAUUUUUAAUUAUAGCAAUUCUAGGUAGCCGGAAAUGGCACUCUCAGAAUUAAAUAUUGAUAUAAUUUCCUUUUCCCCAUUUCCUUUCAUAAAAAAAUUAGGAGGAGGUGGGGAGGGGUGGCAGGCUGGCUGGGGCACCAAUGUAUACACCACUGAUUUGAAAUCAACAGUCAUCAAAUAAUUACUCCUCUAAAAACUGAAUAUUAUUAGCACAUCUUUGCACAAGAUCGAAAAUCUGGCACUACUUGAUCCAUCAUUUAGUACACAUUAAAAUAGUCUUUUAAUCCCUAAAAACUGGGAGUUUAGUUUUGUCAAUGGAAUGCUAAAAUAUUAAUUAUAUUUUAGACAACACAAAAUAAUACUUAAAUAUAUAUGUGUUACUACUCUGUAUUACUGCAUAGUAUAAAUAACCAGAUGAACCCGACAUAUAAGUUAUAACAUUAAAGAAAGUAGAAAAAAUAUUUUAUAUAUACAGCACAUACCUUUAAGAUACCAAAAUAUACAAAUAUUACUUUAUAUUUCAUUGCAAUGUAAUGUAUUUGUUUGAUAUAACCAGAUCGUAAUUCUUAUGGUUACAGUUAUGUUACCAACCAAUGUAAUAUGCAAAGAAUACGUUUGGGAAAAAUAUGGAAAUUCCUCAAAAUAUACAAAAUAAAUAUUAAAAAGGUUUCAAGUAUUGCAUACCAUCAUUCUGUAGGAAGCUUUUUUAGUUUCCUGCCUGGAAUGUUUCAAGUACUGUAGUUAUUCUGAACAAUAAUUUUCAAUUAACUUUAAUAAUAGUGUACUUUGCUUUUGAUAUAGAUUAAUUAUCUAAUCUAUAGUACAGUAUACAGUAUUAUGACAAACAGGUAUUCUAUGGAUAAACUACAGUAUUAAGAGGUGUCUGAAAAAUACAUUUAACUUCACUCAAAUGUGUACUGUAUUACUUUUUAAAGGUGGUGACAAAAGGCUUGAUGCUUUUGGAAGUUCAUAUUGGAAUAACACUCUCACGUAAUCUUAAGUUCCAAGAACGUUAUCAAGGAGCUUUCGAUUGCACGACGACAGUAGGACAUGGAAUGUACUGACGUCACUAAAAGUCAUCUUCACACGUGAUAUGGU